ACUCUGCUCUGAUUCUAAUUCCAUAUCCUUCUUCUUUAUCUAACUUCAAUACCUAUAUCUCUCGAUCUACCAAUCCAACCAAUCACCCAGAAACACUCCCACAACCUCACAACCCACCCCUACAUCACAUCCACGUCACCGCUCAGCUCUAUAUUAUACCGCACCAUCCAUCACCCAACCCACCAAAUAACCUUCUCAACAUGCCUGCUCCCAUCGCUACCGCUCCCCCGGCAUGCUGCCAUCGCACCAACGCCGGCUCCGGCUGCAUCUGCGCUGCCGAAGCCACCUGCUCCUGCGGCAAGCAACCCGCCCUGCACUGCAACUGCGAGAAGCGCGUCGCUGAGAACGCCGUCUCGGGAGCUACCUGCUCAUGUGGGCGAAGGGAAGCGGGCCACUGCACCUGCAAACGUAGCGACAAGGAGAACACCGUCCCGAGUAGCACGUGUGCAUGCGGGAAGCGAGCGCAAGAUUCGUGCACGUGUGGUGGAACGGAACUGGGAGGAUCAACGGCCGAGGAGAUUGAUUUCACCACUACGAAAUGAGUUGUCUAGGGUAUUAUAAGGUGGAGACGGCUUGAUUACGGCGUUGGGUUAUGAGUAUCCAUUGAAUUGACGAAGGGAAGCCUCUUAAGGCGACGUCAUGCUUGGAUGAGGACUAGCGAUGUAUUGUCUAAUGGAAUAAAAAAUCAAUUUGGUCCUAUCAUUCUGAAUCAAUAGUUAGGAUUCGGAACUCAGAUAUCGAUGCACAAUUGGAUUUAAAAACUCUUCUUG